UGGUGUAAUGAAGCAAUUUGCCUAAUGGUUGAGUAAAUUAAAUGUUUGGGUUUGGUCUCCAUGACAACCAGCUGUUCAUAAUUAGUUAAUCAAGACAGGCAGAGUUGAGGCUUAUGUCAAGAGGUCGUAAGGUGCUUGAAUCAUUUGGUUAUCAGGUAGUUUGGGUCCAUACCACUGAAACAAUGCAUCGAGCUCUGCCCAUAUAUCUGAGUAUCCUUUUGAUUGGCUCUGUAUUUGCUGGAGGUUCCUGGUGUGCCAACACGGCAAGAGCCCGAGCAGCUGCCCUGGGUUUGGACCUCCCUAGGACCCAGUUUGUCCCUUACAACCUUCGACCAACACGCCAUAGGAGUUUUGAUCCCAUAAAAACCCACUAUGAAAAUAAUGAUGGGCCCAAAGAGGCUGAGUUUGAGCCUAUCCUUCUGCGCAACAGUAAAAUCCAAGGGGAUGGCUAUCCAACUGACUGGGCCUAUGGACAAGUCUUCGCCAGAGGCUUUCAACCCAAACCGUAUUCACUAAACUAUCACGGUUCUGAUCCCAGUUUGGCUGACUCUGACAGCCAUUCUGUCUACACUCCCAAGGGAGAACUUGUUAGCAGCCACAAGCCCAACUUUGAGCAGGUCAAGAAUUCUGCGCCUCGAUCAAAUGUAAUGGUAGCCCCUAGUCAGUUUGAGUACUCAGACAAAGUGGACAUUCGAGGUUACUAUAAGCCUGUUGUAGGUCAGCCUGUCCCCAGCAGACGUAGAACGGCCCAGAGUGUGGUUUCACGACCUCAGAGCAGAGGUGCUGUACCCUAUGGAAAAAGUAUCCUAUGGUCCUGGCCACAGUAGAGACUUAACCUCUCCACCAUCCCAGAGUGGACUCAUCAGCCCCAGAGCUAAGAAAAUAACGUUCCCAGACCCUGGUGUUGUCCAUUCUGUGAUCAAAGAGCUGAAAAUGAAGUGUCAGAAAAAAAAACGGAUCCUGUUGGUUAAGAUCCUAAUGGACAAACUUUCCUUUGCAAACCACCUUUGGCUCCUCAGACAAACAUACCAGUGGUGAGCAAAUCCGUGCACUUUUAAGGACAAAACAUGUAAGCUGUGUUUGAAUUCCAGUACAUUUACUUAUCCAUGACAUCACUGUUCUGAAUCACUAUUUGGUUAUGGCUCUUCCCCCACUGCCCAGUGUUUAUCCUUCAAAUAAAAUGUCUGUUUUUGA